AAUAACAACAUAUGCCUUUGUCUUGCAGCAGUCAUAUGCCCCGCCCCCUCCUCCCAUGGCUCCGCCCAGCCCCAGCACCAAUAGCAGCAGCCAUAUUGCAGCGGAGCAGCUCAGUAAAACCAACCUGUACAUUCGGGGCCUUCCACCUGGCACCACUGACCAGGACCUCAUCAAACUCUGCCAACCGUAUGGAAAAAUAGUGUCAACAAAGGCAAUCCUGGACAAAAACACCAACCAGUGCAAAGGAUAUGGCUUUGUGGAUUUCGACAGUCCGGCGGCGGCACAGAAAGCUGUAGCAUCCCUGAAGGCCAGUGGCGUGCAGGCACAGAUGGCAAAGGUAACCUAGGCUUUUUUUGUUUGUUUGUUUCAGAAAUGAAUGAGGACACUGGGAAUGUUGCUGCUAUUUCUAAUUAUGGUGUUCCUGGUGGUGGCAGUGAUUAUAGGGAAGAUGUUGAUGAUGGCGGCUGUAGUGGUAAACAUCUGUGGAGGGUGAAUAUGUGUGAUUAUCUGGAAGUCUCGUGUAGCUCGAUGUCCAGUGUGUGCAUUCAUAAAGCAUCUAUUCUCUAAUAUUCAUAAGCUUGGAGGCUGUCAGGAUGCAGAUGGUUUGUGUAUUUGAAAUCCCAUUUAAAUGCACGCCUGUCAGAGCUCUCUGCAACUCAGCAGGCCUCGUAUGAAACAGACAGGUCAUCUUACAGAGAGGAGGAGAGGGAGGCGGGGAGUGAGAGAGAGAAAGACUGGGAUUUCAUUCAUCCUUGCAUAUUUUCUGUGGUCCGGGUUAUAGAAUUGACCAUUUUAAUAAAGCUCAGUUGACAGCCUUUGUUGUAUAAUGUUGAUUACAACAGAAAAUUACUUUGACCUUAGUUUUUCUAAAAAAAGGCAAAAUUCUAAGUUAGUUCAACACAUUUAUGUUGACUGAGCUUUACUUUCAUUGAACCCUCUGUUUUCCUAAUCAGAAACUUAAAAUUUUACCCAAUACUGUAUUUUAGGUAUUUAAUUUACACUACCAUUCUGACGUGUGGUGUAUGACGGUAAGAUUUAUUUAUUUAUUUAUUUAGAAAGAAAGAAAGAAAGAAAGAAAUGUGUCUUAUUUCUCAGAAGAGACAUAAAAUUAUAUGAUUUUUAUUUCAAUUGAAUUAUGCUUUUUUGUUCUAAUUCUAUUCAUCGAAAAA